GAGAGAGAGAGAGAGAGAGAGUCUCCUCCGUGUGCUGACUUGAUGCAUCUUUCAUCCCGCCACCCACUGCCCGAUCAACUCCGUCCAUUGGCCAAAUUCGGCCGGAUAGGUUGCCUCCCAGCAUGAGGACUUCCUGAUGGUCGGCCAGCGCAUCGACAUCCUGUACCCGCGUCUGAUUGACUUCAACAACCCCAUGUGGCGCGAGGACUUCAAGCGCACCGUCGAACGCUACGGCAAGACACACGGCAAGUAUGGGAUCGACUACUUCCUGUACCGCACCCGCUAUGCCCGCCCCAUGCCGCCCUUCAUCGUUGGCCGUGUGCGUUACACAUGACAUGCUCCCCCUCUUCUUCUUCUUCUUCUUUUCUGUGGCCCACCUGGCCGCCGUGCCACACGCCACCCGAGCACGCCCUGCCAUCGCCAAGGCCCCGCCCCCACCCCGGGAGAAGCGACUCGCUUUAUGAUGCUGCUCCGUGGCACUCUAACACCAAGAGGAAACCCCCCGCAUCGGCAUCUUGGCUCGCGCUUUCGGCCAUCACCAUCCUGCCGGUGUCGCACCUUGCCACCCAUCCGCUCCGGGGGCUGGGGGGGAAUGCUGCAGGUCCGCUGGGAUAACUGGCUGCUGGCGCAGUUCAUCGGCAAUCAGAAUGCCGCGGCCGUCGAUGCCACCGAGGUGGUCUUCGCCGUGCACCUCAACCACAUGAAGGUCGGAGGUAGCCACUCGCGCUCCGGCACCGACUACAACAUCAACCUGACCAAGUCCGAUGCCGUUGACCCGAAGAAGCUCGGCGAUGUGGAGUCCUGCGACUACUACUUGGCGCCGAUCCCCAACUCCCCGGGCAAUGCCCUGAGCCCGAAGAACCUGCCGGCCGGCGAGUCGGCCCCGUCGGUGUUCACUCGGCCCGGCGCCGACUUCAGCACCACCUCCUCGGCCCCCUCCGGGGCGUGUCCCUUCUGCACCCUGCGCCCGAAGGAGCAGUCCAUCGACGUCAUGCUGGCCAAGCAGGCCGACCCGCAGACGCGCGAUGUCAUCGUGGCCACCGUCAACUCCGGCUACCUGGACUUCUCCAUCAACUGGAUGUGCACCCUGCUGCGCAUUGGCCGGAAGAACUUCCUCUUCCACGCCACCGACCGGGCCAUGUACACGAUCCUGCGCGAUCGCGGCCUGCCGGUCAUCUACUACGAGAGUAACAUCGCCCUGGAGUACAAGGCCCUGCUGGCCCAGUCGGCCAAUGGCUCGUUCAUUGUCUCCGCCGAUGAGACCGCCGCCGAUGGCACCCCCCGCGAGAAGGCCUACGACUAUGGGUCGGUGGCGUACCAGGCCCUGAUGAACAGCCGGACCGAGUUCAUCUACAAGAUCCUGCAGAAGGGCUACAAUGUCCUGCUGUCGGACGUGGACGUGGUGUUCCUGCGCGACCCGCUGCAGUUUGUCGACCGGAACCUGGACAUCCAGGGCGGUGCCCACAAGGUGGAGAAGAUCACCGGCGGGUUCAUCUACUUCCGGGCGACCGACGCCGCGCGCGCCCUGUGGGUCAAGGUCCUGCUUCAGCACCGGACCGUCUUCAAGAAGAUCCAGGCCAUGGAGAACUUCAACAUCCACAGCAUGACCGAGCAGGAGCUGGUCAACGAGCUGCUGAAGGCCGCCAAGCCGGACGAGAUCAAGUGGGGCACCAUCGACGAGAAGGUGGUGGCUGAUGGCAAGCGCUUCUUCAUUGACAAGCUGUCUCAGAAGAACGGCGAGUGGCCGGCUGCCAUCCACAACAACUACAUCAUCGGCGUGGACAACAAGCGCCAGCGCUUCAUGAACAUCUCCAUGUGGCUGGUGGAUGAUGACCUCCGGUGCCAGGCCUUCCCCGGGCUGCAGGCCCCGACGCCGUACACCCUGCCGCUGGCCCAUGUGACCGGGCCGCCGGCGCGCGGGUCCAGCGGCAUGCGCGCCCUGGCCAGCAGCCCCGCGGCCCUGUCCCCCGGCAACGGGCCGGUUCCGGCCACCGUGAAGGACUUCCGCCUGACGGUGAAGAUCAUCGCCUUCAACCGGCCGCGCGCCCUGCUCCGGCUGUUCCGGUCGCUGGAUGCGGCGGACUUCAUGGGAGACAAGGUGGACUUGGACAUCUACAUCGACUUCCCGUCGCCGGAGCUGGUGGCCAAUGCCACCCUGGAGCAGAAUGACCCGAACAACGAGGCGGACAUCUCCCUGCAGGAGUAUGCCCGCGUGCGGCAGAUGUCCGAGGUGUACCGCUGGCGCCAUGGCCGCAAGCAGGUCCACGCCCGUGACAAGCACUACGGCCUGGCCGGCCAGUGGCUGGCCUCCUGGUUCCCCAUGGGCACCACCGAAAUCGCCAUCAUCCUGGAGGACGACAACAUCGUCAGCCCGUACUUCUAUGUGUGGCUCAAGCGCGCCGUCGAGUAUUACUACUUCAAUCCGGAGCAGUUUGACCCGCGAGUGUAUGGCAUCAUGCUGCAGAGCCAGCACAUGAUCCCGGGCCGGUACCCCAAGCGCCCGAAGGAGUUCCUGCCGCACGACGCCAAGUUCUUCCGCUACCAGCUGCUCAGCACCUGGGGGCCGGUCUUCUUCCCGCACCACUGGGCCGAGUUCAUCUCCUGGUUCAACGAGAAAUCCAGCGACCCCUCCUUCCAGCCGCUCUUCAGCAACAUGAUCACCAACAGCUGGUUCCUGGCGCGUGGCGGCGGCCGAGCCGUCUGGUCGGCCUGGUUCAUGCGCUUCGCGGCCGAGCGCGGGUACUACGCCCUGUACACGAACUUCCCCGAUGGCCAGGCCUUCGUGGUGAACUAUCGUGACAAGGGUGUCAAUUACCACAAGGACCAGGGGGCCAACUCGCCGAUGGUCGAGCACAUCAUGCCCUACAUGGAUGUCCUGCCGCCGAUGAAGGAGCUCCCGCUGUACGACUUCCACUUCAACCGCAUCGACCCGGAGGACCCGUCCAUCCUGGAGGACCGCGCCAUCUACUCGGACAUCUUCAACAUCGAGAUCAACUGAUGGGAGGGGCGGGGGCCCGUGUGUGUGCGUGUGUGUGUGU